AUGGCACAGUAUCCGAUCCCACCUCUUCUUCUACUCACCACCGAUUCAGGUGCCCUCCUCGUCGCCGUAUCCGUCAUCGCAGCGUGGGCCUUGAACGCCUUCUCACUACUCGCCAAGUUCAUCGGCAUGGGCGCCGCCGAGGACGGUCGUGCUAGCGGCGAGAACAAGGUCCAGGCACUCGGCUUUGCGUUGAUCAUUACAGGCUUCUACCUGAUCACCGUGGCAGUAUGUGCAACGAUACCUAACUGUACCAAGCGCAACGUCGAUCUCGUCUACUACGCUCACGAUUUAGUCUUGGCUCCAACCAUGUCGAUCGUCGUCUGCUAA